GACCCGCACGUAGCCGCGACGCAGCGGGCUGGCCCGGCUCUCCUCGGCCCCGCCGGCCCCGGGGCCCCCGCACUCCGAGCCCCCCGAGCUGCCGGCCCCGGCGCCGCGGCCGCCCUCGUCCUCCUCCGAGUCGGAGUCCUCGCCGUGGAUGAGGCGCACCAGGCCGAAGCGCACCGAGCCCCGGUAGCGGCCCGACACCAGGACUGGACCAAAUUCUGAUCUCUCUCGUGCUGGUUUUACAGCAGCAUGACUGCCAUGGCUUCAAUAGUGUUAUCUUUUCACUAAGACUGAAAGACCAGACCGCGCCAUCCAGAAGAACAACUUUCGCAGUUCUUACAAGAAACCGUAUUCCACACACGCAUACAGGUAUUUUUGGCCGGUUGGCUGAUCCCGCUGGAGAAGAUUUACUGAAAUAGCGACUCGCUGACGACACUGGUGGCCAAACGGAGGAGAAGUUUACGGAGGACACCAGAAAUAACGGAGGAUGUCCGUGAUCAGCGCCUUGCCUUUCCUGAAGCCCAUUCACCAGAGGCCUCCGCGGAGCUCGCCUGGACGCCAGCGGCGCCACACGCUUCCCGCCAGCGAGUUCCGGUGCCUCACUCCUGAGGAUGCAAUCAGCGUAUUUGAGAUUGAGAGAGAAGCAUUUAUUUCCGUUUCGGGCGACUGCCCCCUUCACCUGGAUGAGAUCCGCCACUUUCUGAACCUGUGCCCUGAGCUGUCGCUUGGCUGGUUUGAAGAAGGCCGGCUGGUGGCUUUCAUUAUAGGCUCCCUUUGGGACCAGGAAAAACUCAGCCAGGAUGCACUGACUCUGCACAAGCCCGGUGGCACCACCGUGCACAUCCACGCGCUGGCCGUGCACCGCACCUUCCGCCAGCAGGGUAAGGGCUCCAUCCUGAUGUGGCGCUACCUGCAGUACCUCCGCUGCCUGCCCUACGUGCGGCGGGCCGUGCUGAUGUGCGAGGACUUCCUCAUCCCCUUCUACCGGAAGUGCGGCUUCAAGGUGCGGGGCCCCUGCGAGGUCACCGUGGGCUCGCUGGCGUUCGUCGAGAUGCAGUACCCCGUGCGCGGCCACGCCUUCAUGCGCAGAAACAGCGGCUGCUGAGAUUGCGCCUUCCCCCAGCUUCGACGCUUCUCAGGCAAUGUUAGGGGCGGGCAGCCACAUACAGGGAGACAGAGCUGCACAGCAGCAGCUGCUCUCCCUACAAGCAGCAUUCAUGCUCACUGCUGACUUUUGUGCCUGCCUGGUAUUCCAGCUGGCUGCCUUUUAACUAGUAGCUCCAGGCCCAGCCCACUUGCCUCUUAACUGGUCCUAGCGCUGACCCAGCCAUCGAGCUUACAGAUACGGAGUGAAGGGCAGCAGAACCACAGUAAGCACCCUUGCCUCUUCUCCGGUCCACAGCUCAACAGGCAGGCUCCCUAAGGCUACAGCUGUUGAGUUUGACCUCCCCAGGACAGGGGUACGUCGAUUCUGGCUAGCCCGAGGCCUCCCCUUUAGCUCCUGGCUUUAAAAGCAGUAGUGGGAGUAAUAAAGCUCUGAGAGCAUGUUAUGCAAUUAUAGAGGGGGAAAAAAAACCCAACAUUGCUUGAGAAGCAGCACUGCAUGGAUCGGUCCUUCAAUUCCCUGUUUUCGUUCUCUUUGUCAAGUGCUCCAAGGCCAAUAACAUGAGGCAGGCAUGUGGCAGACACCUCUCGGGGGUCUCUACUGCGUAAAGCCGUCCGCGCCUUCUCACGCUAGUUGCUCGCUGCCAUGUUCUGCUGGGAUGUAUUAAAUGGAAUCUGUGCUCACGUGUUCUGUACAUAUGCGAGAUACAUUCAGCUACGCUAGGCUCCAGCAAGUCUCCCCCUUCCUCCCUCGCCCUCCAGCUGUUAUAGGUUGACAACCAACGACCGUGUGAAAUCCCAUAAUAAAUGUAGGCUCAGCGAUCGCUACCCCUGCUCCAAAAGACUAGGGCACCAACUUCCAACCCAAUAUAGGAGAUACUGUUCCCAAACCACAGCACGCUCAAGGCCUAAGGGAGAGCAAAAUAGAACACAGGACUGAAUGCGCUCUAAGGAGCCCAGCUAGGAGGCUACACCACUGGAUAGACAUUUCCACCAACUCCCACCCCAAAUGGUUAUUAAGGGGGUAGCUUUUUCAACAGACCAUUUAAGAUAGAUUUGUGGUCCUUAUCUAGUGCAAUCCAAAGCACUGCUAUAAUGGCUCCAGAGAAUCACAGGUGAAAAGUCGUUCUCAUCAGAUUGAUCGGACAAUCACACAUGGUUUUGCAAAAUCUGAACGUGGCAACACCACUUGGUUUAUUCCUUAAGAACAAGAGGGUAUAUCAGCCCAUGCUCCUUCCCUCAUCCCACGGACCAGUGCUGUGUACAGACCAGAGCUCCUAGCUCAUGCCAUCCUAGUUCACUGGAAAUAUGAAAACCCCUGGGAACACCCUGUGCUGUUUGUCAGUUCUUUUGUUCAUCAGCAAAUAAAGGGUUUAUUUGUUGUGUUUUCUAA